AGCCGCAGUGGCCGCUCCUCCGCUUCAUUCCCGUCUAGCGGAGGGCGAAGCGAGAGGCUACUGCUCCCGCCGCCUUUUGCGCACUCCUGACCCUUCUUUCCAAAGCAGCAGGUUCCGGCGUUGCCUGGCAUGGCCCUGGCUUGAACGGCGUGGGAAAAGAUGCUCCCGGGGAGGCAGCAGCAGCAGCGCCCGGGCGGCUGGGACCGCUGCAGGGUCAGCGAGAGACUGCAAGCCGCCCUGGCCGGCCUCCAGGAACUCCAGGUGCUGCGGGAAAAACAGCGGGCGCUGGUGAGCGAGGCUUUGGCCAUGCAGCGGCCAGGCGAGGAGAGCCAGGCACAGAACAAGGAGCAGCGCCUGGAAGCCACCCUCACCGCCCUGAAGGAGCAACUGAUCGGACUAGUCCUAGAAGAUGGGAAUAUUGAGUUGGUCCUACAGAGCCAAAAGAAACUGAACAUCUUCCCUUUCCCCUAUGAACAGUCACGGCUAAGGAGACAAGAUGUGGGACUGAAAACUCAUCUGGAUCAAUUGGACCAGCAGAUCAGUGAACUGAAGUUGGAUGUCGGCAAAACUUCCAUUGAAUAUCUUGAUAGUGAUAGUAGGCCCAGUUCAGGUUUUUAUGAUCUGAGUGAUGGUGGCUCCUGCUCUCUGUCUAAUUCCUGCACAUCUGUCUUCAGUGAAUCCAUUUCCUCCUCCCAUGCCAGUUUGUUACCAAGUUCUCAGCUCUCCAAAACCCAUCUCAGCAUCUUUGAUUACCGACCCAAAUCUGCAGAUGAAACCACAGUGCGCACCCAGUUCCAACAGGAGGGACCUCAUAGCGGUGAUGGAUGCCAAAGCAAAGCUUGCCUAGAUGUUUCAGGCACUCCAAGCAAAUCCAGACCAAGGCCUGUUUCUACUGGUGACCUUGAAAGACUCAACUUGGUGGAUGCUGGAUUCCCAAAAGUCACUGACCUCAAGGCCUCUCCCCAGCUUGGUUCAGGAGGAGAAGUCCAAUUUUACUGCAUGGACCCCAAAUACCAAAGCAAUUUGGUCUCCAAAAGUGGGAACGAUGUGUAUCCUUAUCCUAGCCCUCUUCAUGCAGUUGCUUUACAGAGUCCCCUUUUCUCCCUGGCAGAAUCAGAGGGCCGCCCUUUACUUAAAGGUGCACCUCAUUUCAUGGGGCCCAGUUUGAUUAAGACUCGGCCACUUAUGGAACUCAGGCCAGGGGGUUAUAUCAACAAACUGCUGCAGCUGACACGCAGCAAAGGAAACUAUCCUGCCAGCUAUCCUGCCGAGUUCAGUGAGAAAGGUCCAGCAAAGAAUCAGCCACUCACAAUGCUCCAGAGACUCAUUAUUAUCCCCAGUCCUGGUGGAGUGAAAAUUAACAGCAGCAGCAGCAGCAGCCAGCUGGAAAAACAGAGGGCCCCACUGCCUUGUAAUAAAGGCGAUGGGAAGCCACCAAGGGACGUGCCUGAAGGGGAAUGUGCCAAACAGACGGAGAUUGUGCAUAGUGUGAAUGUAGAGCAGGCAGGUUCACUGGCUGACACAGAGUCUUCACCAGCUGUGAAUGGCUCUUACCCUGCUAAGCCAUCUGUGUGGGACUCUCCUGUCACUGAAGCUGGGGAAAGCAGCCUGGAACGCAGCUCUUCCUGCUCCCCGUUUGGAGUGGAUGAUUCCAACUUGAGCCUCCCAAACACCUGGGUUGCUUCUGCCAAAAAAUCUCACAAGAAAUCCCCGAGAGCCAUAAAGCCUGAAGAACCUGAGUCUGCGCCUCAGGAGGAAUUGGUGCACGCCAAGUUCAUCCCUACUGAGUCCCAUCAAGUUCGAGUCAGGUUUGCCAAUUCUAAGGUGAAGCCUGUGAAGAUGAAGAGGAGGAAUAGUGAGAAGGUGCUGAGGCCGGGGAGGCAGGUGCUUUAUGUGGAGAAGCCACGUGGGGUUCACCAGCUUGCUGCCAAAUUGCCUCUUGAGUGGAGUCUGUCUCAGAGACAGCUCAGGGGAAGGCAUCUAAUUCGGAGGCCUACCUUUGCAGGGGAAAGUACUGGGAGAUCCUGCUCUGAGUCCAGUCUGUAUCCUGUGCCAUUCGGCAUCCCUCAAACACUCUCCAGGUCUGAACUCUGCAGAGCGUCUGCUAAUGCCAUGUAUUCCCUUGAAGCAGCUUAUUCUGACCCCAUGAUUAAAAAAAAGCAGCGCAAAUGGCAAUCCACAGUGGAGAUCUCAGCAAAAACCCAAGUUUCCAGCCUUUCUAGUAGCCUUGCCUUGGGACCACCAAAACAGGGAAAGAGAGCUGGGAUUUUGCGUACUGUAACCAUGAGAGGCGAGUCCAAAAAAGGCUUCCCUCUUCAUCCAGGGGCCUACGCCAAAAGUGAGUCUGACCAUUCAGAGUAUUCUGCUGAAUGUGCAUCACUUUUCCACUCCACCAUUGCAGAGACCAGUGAAGGAGAAAUUAGUGACUAUACAACCAACCGCUUUGGGGACAGUGAAUCCAGUGAUAGUGAUUCAGAGGAGGGCAGUAGCAGCAGCGGCAGCAGCAGCAGCCUGACUCUUGAUUAUACCGAUGAGAUCCAUGAGCAUGAAAUGAUCUGGCCCACAUCUACAGGCAAGCAGGCAGCCGCUGGUCAAGCCUUGGCCAAGCCUCUACCACCAGUGCCCAAACUCUGCCGCAUCAAAGCAUCAAAGGCUCUCAAGAAGAAAAUUAGGAGAUUCCAGCCUAGUUCCCUGAAAGUGAUGACCAUGGUUUAAAAAGAGAUGAAGAUUGUUCAAUCAGCUGCUUGUGUCCCCGUUUGCAAAGCCAAGGAAGAUUGGUACUGUAAAGGAUUCUUGGAUCCUAGAUUUCAAGUCAAGGUGGUUGUUGUCGGGGGUUUUUUUUGCAUUUGUUUAAUGCCUGUCUAAAUGACACUGUGUUCCUUUUUCUGUUCUGUAAGUGUGUUUCCGUGGCUUCAUACCUACCCUACUUCAUUCCAUUCUAAUAGCUAUUAAGUGUUUAGAUUAUGUGUCCCAUUCAUCCAAGUUCUGAUGAAUUGAGGGAAGAAUGCAUAGCCUAUAAUGCAUGGGGGAGAUUUCCCAAGGUUGGCAGGUGUGUUUGUCUAUGUGUGUAAGAUUGCUUUCUUGCCAGAGAUGGCACUGCAACGUGUUUCUUGGAAGAUCACUCAUUGUCAAAAGGGCUCACCUUCUCAUCUUCUCUUUCCCCAUAGUCAUCCAUAUUAAUGAGCAGCAAGGCAGGAUACAGAUUGAGAAAAUGAACAAUAAUAAUCAUUAUCAACAUGGCUUAUUCAGUAACACUUGUCCAUUUGUUUCAGUUUUCUGGGGUCAGAGAGUUGUGCAUGGCUCAGAUGAAGGUUUGAAUAUGAUUCUUGGCCAUUUCUAAAUUCAGAAGGAUAAAUAAUGUUCUACAAUAUAGAAUACCAUCUUUUGAUAUUGAGAUGUUUGCAUCCUCUGGACUAGGUAAACUACAACCCAAACUGUGCCACAGCACAUUGCCAGCUCAGAUUUAUUGCAGGCUCAAUAAAUGUUAUGAUCUAUAAAGGUGUAAAAAGCUGUCUCACUUUAUUCAAAACAAGAGUUUUCCUAAUUUUGUUCAGAGGCUGCUUGGAGUUACUUUGGUGACCAAGCUUUCUCUAAGUGAAUAUGUUUGAAAUGAAUUGGAUGCUACAUGAGUCAUAGCACUUGAUCCCUAAAUUGCUAAAGCCACGUAUGAUCCUGGUAUGAUUAUUCAUUUUAGAGGAAAAAUACUAUGCUAUGCUAAAUGCUGCAUUUAAGGAUUGUACUUGAAUUCAAUGCUGCAGCAAUUUUUUUAAUCCACAGAUAAAAUUCAUGGCCAAAUGUACCCAACUGUGAUAGGUUUAAGAUUAAUAUCCCUGAUUUUUUUGACUGAUGGAAAGAUUUUAAAGCACUUCACACCAUGUUUGCUGUGAAUGAGGUUUAUCCAUUCAUAAGAUGGGUUCAAUUGGUCAUUAACAAGAUAUAAAACACUAAUAUGCUAGAACCAUGCUGGCUAGGGAAUUCUGGGAGUUGAAGUCCACAAGUCUU